AUGACGACCAUGUCAUACAUAAACAUGUUUCUAGGACUUGUAGCGGCCGCCGGCUUCCUAAUCCGUCACUGGCAGCGGAGCAGGGCGCUGAUGGCGCCACCGCUCGGCACCAACUGGCCCGUGGUUGGCAUGCUGCCCACCUUGCUCCGCCACGCGGCGGACUUCCACGACUUCUUGACGGCGGUGCUGCGGCGGCAGGGCGGCACGGUGGAGUCGAAGGGCCCAUGGCUGACGGACAUGGACAGCAUCAUCACCAGCGACCCGGCCAACGUCCGUCACAUACUGAGCGGCAACUUUGCGAACUAUCCCAAGGGACCGGUGAUGAAGGACAUCUUCGAGCCGUUUGGGGACGGAAUUUUCGCCGUCGACUUCGAGCCGUGGGUGCUUCAGAGGAAGAAACUCCAACUGCUCAUGAAAAACAACAAGUACAAGUCAUUACUUGAAAAGGCGAUACAUGCUAAAUUGGAAAUUGGCAUCUUCCCAGUCCUCAAUCAUUCGGCGGGAAAUAAUUUGAAAUUGGAUCUUCAAGAUGUGUUUCAGAGAUUUACCUUCGAUAUAAUUUGCAUCACAGUAUUGGGAUUUGACCCAUGCUCAUUAAACAUUGGCUUCCAAGACGUCUCGCUAGCAGAAGCUUUCGAUGAUAUAGAGAAAGCGAUGUUCCGACGACAUGUUGUACCCACAACAGCUUGGAAGCUUCAGAAUAGGCUUGGAAUCGGAGCCGAGAAACGAUUGACUAUAGCCACAAACAGAUUUGACCAUUUUCUCUAUGACUUCAUUUCGAAGAGGCGAAACCAACUUAGUAAUGACCAAUCAAGGACGGAAGCCCCAGAAUUUGUCGACUUACUCACAGCUCACAUCGUGGAAGAAUCAGAAAACGACACCGCAUUGCUCAUCGAAGACAAAUUCUUACGUGACAUGACCCUAAACUUGCUCGGAGCUGGGAGAAGCACCAUAGCCUCGACCCUGGUUUGGUUCUUCUGGAGCCUGGCCAACAAUCCAAACGUGGAGAACAAGAUCCUAGCCGAGCUCAAAUCCAAUCCGCCCGCAAGCCCACAAGCCGAUUAUCUUUACAACGAGGAAGAAGUGAACCGUCUGAUGUACCUACACGCAGCCAUUUUAGAGACCUUGAGGCUAUACCCGCCAUCGCCGAUCAACCACAAGUGGGCGAAGGAGGCAGACACGCUGCCUAGCGGCCACCGCGUGAGAGCAAAUACUAGGGUCUUCUUCUCGGUGUAUUCGAUGGCGAGGAUGGAAGGUACGUGGGGCAAGGACUGCGAGGAGUUCAGGCCGGAGAGGUGGAUCACUGAGAAAGGAGGGAUUCGACUCGUGCCGUCGCAUCAGUUCGUGACGUUUAACGGCGGGCCGAGGAGUUGUUUAGGGAAAGAAGUGAGCUUGAUUCAGUUGAAGAUGGUGGCGGCUGCCGUACUUGGGAGGUUUAAGAUCCAAGUGGCGGUGGAAGGUCAUUCCCCUUCUUUUGCUGUAUCCACUGUGUUGCAUAUGGAACAUGGACUUCCCGUCAGGAUCUCUCGUCGAUCUGCUUGA